AUGUGAAUGCUAGAUCUUAUAAAACUCUGGAUUAAAGAAAAAACAAGCCCUCAAAAGAAGUCUAUCAGAACUGAGAUGAAGCAUCAAAAGUCUCUACAGUAUCACGUGGUAUAUAAAUAAAGAGAAAAAGAAAAUGGUCUUUCCAAAUUUGAUAUCCUGAUUUAUUAACAAAAAUAACAAGAGACUUAACAAGAGUAGAAAGAGCAAGCAAACCUUCUGUAGUAGUUUUGGAAAAUAGCCAUGUAAAAGCACAAGAUGAACAAAAGUCUUACCAAAAGUCACUUAAAUCAAAAAUUUCCUUCAAUAAUAUUUCACUUGCCGGAGUUUUCCAGAAAAGCACAUUUUUCAGAGAAAAUUAAGGAAAAACAUAAGAGAUCAGAUGGCCUUAGGUUAAGUGAAAGGAAGAGUUCACAACCUGUUAUGAAGAUACCUAAGAGAUCUGAAAAAGAAGAGUGUAUAACACUUCGAAAAGUUCCUGAAACUACUGUCUACCUGAAGAAUUUUGUUACUCUCAACAAGAAAAUAGCAGAGCAAAUGAAAAAGCCAAAGAAACUAAGUUCUGAGAACUUGAGAGAUAAAUUAUGGAAUCCUGAUAUAGUACAGAACAUAUCUCAGAAAUAUAUCAAUGACAAAUCCCGGGAUAAAUUUUAUAAAACCCUCACCACUCAGAGUUCCCAUCUAAGAAAGGAUAUAUGCACUAGCACCAAAAAGCAUCUGUUAGCCCUGGAAAAGAAGAGACUUAAGAAGAUAAUGAAUAUUCCUAUUAGCUUCUGCUAGAGAUAUGCUACUGUUGUAAGAGAGUCUUCUCUGACUAAAGAGUGAGAUUUUAGAGAUUUAGGUUGAUACUAUAUCACUUCCAAAAUCUCUUCUUUCCGCUCGAUUCUGUUUUAAUAGAUUUUUCAACUUG